CCCACCGCCCAGCGAGCCCCCCUCCCCGGACCCAGACGGCCCCUGUCCUCCCAUGCCCUGGCCGGUCACUCACCCGCUUGGAUGCCUUCCCUCCGGGAGCACCUUUCCCAGGGCCACCCCACCCAUGCACGCACACGCACCACUCACACAACCCCCGACCCACACACACCGCCCUCCCUCCACCCACCCCUCCUCUACCAUCUGGGCAGCGGGCCAGGGCACAGCUAUAAAUACAAGUCGCUGAGUUGGGGACACCCGAUCCUCAGGGGGUGGCGCAUGCCAUCGGCGUGACGCUGGACCCUCCAUGGGGUAACCGGAGGACCCAGCCCCAGGGUGGUUUGAGGACCCUCGAGACACCCCCCCUUCCUCAUUUGCAGUGAUCACCUGGGGCCUGUCUGGGUCUGGGACAGGGCUUAGCUGGCUCCCCGCAUGGUCGGCAGGUGGUGGAGGGGGUGAAAGCUGCCUGCUGGGUGGGGUUGACCCCGGUGAGUCAGCCAAGGAGAGGCAGAGGUGGAAGGGGGCCAGGCCGUCCUGGGGGGCAGUUGGGGCCGGGCCUGAGGGAGGGUGCUUGGGAUGAUCCUAGCCAGACAUGGGAGAGGGAGGGCCACAGACUUCUGGCCAGGGUGACCUGGUGGCUGGCAGUGCCACCGAGGAGGCCAGACCCGCUUUGUCCCCCAGGGCCCAGGGCGGGGCCUCUGACAGCCCGCGGCUGCUCUCAGCGCCCCCAUCUGUUCUGACUGAGCUGGACACUGGGCACUCUCGGCUGCCACCCUGGAGCUGCCUGCCCCAUGCCAGGGCAGCCAAGUCUGCUGCCCAUGGGCUGACUUACAGCUCCAGGCACAAAGGGGUCUACUUUGGGACGCAUGCGUCUGGGGUUUGGAGUCCGCCUGGGGCUGUUGCCAAUAAUGGAACAAGGGCCCCUGCACAGCCCCUUCUCCGGGUUCUGUGGCCUCCUUCCUGAGCUCCGGAGAGGAGGGCUGGGGCUCGCGACGAUCCCUGUCAGAAAAGGGAGUCAGCCCAGCACCCUGCGUGGCUCAGGUCUGUCUGAGCCCAUCCUGCCGGAAGGGACUGUGGCUUCCUAGAAAGUUCUUCCUGGAACGGUGGGGGACCUCCCCAACUCGCUCUCCGUCCUAAGCAGCAGGCAAGCUCGUCUCUCGCUCCGGAGAUCCCCCAGGUCCUAGAGGUGGUCCUCCGCUCAUGCUCCCUCCACGCUGCCUCUGCCCCGCCACCUCGUCCCCGGCCGCCAGGGGGCGUGUCCAGCGCUCUACCGCUCUUCACCCUCCCGGGCGCCCUCAGCGUGGGGCAGCCGCGGCUCCCCACCCUCCUCAGACCUCUGCUCCCAUGAGGCCCAGGCCCCUCCCUAUGAGCUGCCGGCUCCGGUGGACGCCGUGCACUUCUGCAGGGCGGGCUGGGGCCGCCACAGCUGCUCUACAAGCGUUCAUCCCGCUCCACUGCCAGCUGUGGAGGUGGUUCUGGAUCUGGGCCCUCCCUGCUGUGCCCCCGCCCUGUCCCCCCACAGCCCCGCUCACUCGCAGCUGCAGACAGGAGCGCGGAGGGCGCAGCAGGCUGGAGCCCAUCCCACACUCGGGCCACCAGGCUGCCCCCGCCAGGCCACCCCACAGCCUGGGAGAGCGCCUGGCUCUCCAAGCCGGUGGGAAUAAAAGAGGUUUGUCCCUGGAGCCCACAGCUGUCCCCCUCCAGCCUCCUCAAAAGCCAGUGAGGCAGGAGCAUCCUGAAGAGCUCCUUCACAGGGGAACGGAGGCUCAAGUGUGGAGGAAUGAGAGUCACUGCCAUGUUUGGAGCCCCCACAGGUGCCACGUGCCCACCAUGAUAGCCAGGGGCCUGGCCCUUUGUCCCCACCCGUGAGUGCGGGGACCGAGCUGGAUCUCAGCGGGGUGCUGCUCUGCAAAGGGAAGGUCAGGGACCUGUCUUCUUUGGGGCCCCAGCCCCAGGCUCUCUGCAAAUGCUCAGUGAUCCCCGACCUCACAGUGCCAUCUCUCCUCUUAGCGGUGGGGGCUUUCCCCUGCCACCGGGCUCCCAGCAUCUCCCCUGUUCUUAUGCAUACAUGUCUGACCACCCAUGUCGUCAGAGGCUGGCAGAGUGAGGAUCUGGCUGGAUCUCCCCAGGGAAGACUGCCUCUUUUCUUACUUGGAGUGUGGAUGCCUGAAGCCAGAUGAAGGUACCCAACAUGGGGGUUUCCAGGCGCACAGAGGCCAAACCUUGCCCUCUCACUCGAGGGGCUGAGCAGAGGACAGAGCAAGGGCGGAGUGGUCCAGGUGGUAAAAGUGCAUGCAGUAGGCAGAGCGGGCUGGGCCGCAUCUGGGAGACAGGCUGGCUGCCCGGAAGGCUGAAGCUACCAGCCCUGGCAACCAGCCUGCUCUGCUCCCCAGUCCCCGAAGGGUCGCCUGGGCCUGGGGCCACCCUGAGUGUUGGCUAUGCUCCUUCCCUGGCUGCCCAAGCCUCUGCACACCCAGGCUCUGGCUCUGCCCUCUGCACCAGCAGAGCCAUCACUUCGAGCCCAGCUCCCAAACCCCCUGGUGGUUCCUGGCACUUGGCAAGAGUCGCUGCUUUGCUCACCCUGGACAUGGACUUUCCACCCUGCCCAGAGGUGAUCUGGGGCUGCCCAAAGCCCCGCACGGCUCGCCUCAUUCUUUUCCCAUCCUGGUCGUUUGGGGCCUGUGGUCAGAGUGCACCUGGGGGCCCCUGAGAGUGUCCUCACCUCCCACAGUCUCUCGCCUUGAGUCCACCUUUAGGACCUGUUUCCUGGGCAGCCUCCCUUCUCCAGGCUGAGCCUAUAUUGUGCAUCCCCCACCUCGUGCCCACACCCCCACCUUCACACCUGGGCCGUCCUUCCUCCACUCCAGGGUGGCUCUGGGUCUGUUAGGCUGCACUAUGCCCCCUGGCCCCACUGUGCCAUCUUCCUCCUUGCCUGCUCCCCUGGCUACUCCCGAGCCUCUCUCCCCUCCAGGCUGAGUCUCCUCUGAGCCAGGUCUGCCCUCUCUGCUCUGCGGCCACAUCACGUCACCUGCCUCUCUGUGCUGGGGUCCUGUGUUCCCUCUCUCCUCUCUGGGCACGGACACCCCAUCCUACUUCCGAGGGGUCCCCAGGCACCUCCGCCUGUGCUUCCUCCCUCAUGUCCAUGGCGUUUCCUUCCCCUGUGUGCCCCACCUGCACGUCUGGCUCGUACCCCUCAGAUGGGCAGCUGAGGACAGGCACAGCUGGGCCUCCCCUACCCCCGUUCCCAGGCUGGCAGUGCCUGGCCUUUACCCCCUAGUUCCUCCUUCCAUCUCCAAGCUACUUCCGCUGGAUAACUGGGCUCCCUGCCCAGGACCACAAGGCUCUGGUGAGCCCUGGCCUGGUUUAGAAUCCCCGUCCUUCUGCCGCAGUGCAGACCUCAGGGCACUGGGCUGUUUAUGUCUGGCCAUGCCCAAUACAUGGGCUGAAGGGGCCUGCCCUGGGUCUCCAUAGUGCACUCCCAGCCUCCCAUGCCCUCCAGCUCUAGCUAGAGCCCAUGUCCAGCUGGCGGACAGGGGUGGAAAGCUGUGGCCAUGUAUGCAGAGGUGUGAGACCACAGGCUGUUCCCACAGUGUCUUCUGUGGUGUGGCAGCGCCAGGUGGGAGCUGGCAUCCUGUGCAUUGAGGGCCCCUGUGCUGUGGCUGUCGUGGCUCUGGGCGCUCUCUCCAAGGGGCCAUCAGGUAACGCUUUGCCUCAGGCUCCAGGGUGCACCAGAGAACUUCUGGGAGUCAGAGGGGCCGCUGCCUUGGCCGGGGAGUGCCUGGGGUUGCUUCCAGAAAGGGGUCUCCCUCCUACCCCACCUCUGCACUGGUGAUGGUGCUGGUCACUGGGCCAUGGCUCCAGGACAGAGGGUCCCUGCAGUUAAACACAGCCCUGCCUCAUUGCGGGAACACCAGUCCCAGGCAGCCGAGGCCUGCAUACCUGUCGGUUCUGUCCCAGGCCUCACCCCACUACCAAAAGGGGCAGAGAACAAUUCCUUUGGGUUGAAGGAAUGAGUGAAUGGUGGGAGCCUGCAAGCAGAGCCCAGAAGGGAGUGAAACAGUGUAAAUGGCUGAACCCACCGCACCACACUGGUAGUCACAGGUGCGUGCACACUGGGUGCCAGGGCCCCUUGCUCUGUGCCGGGCAUAGUUGUCAUACAAACUGCCAUUGGGUGCCAGUGCCAAGAGGUUGGGCCCCAGGAGCCUCACAGCCUCUGAGAAGCACCGUCGGCCUCCCCCGGCGCUCGCCACUCUGCUCGCUUCACUGUCUGGUGUGAGCUCGCUGACAGCCAGGCCCUGGGCCAGGGCUGGGGAUGGACACAGAGGCAGGAGAGCUGGUUGCUCCCAUUCCAGGGGCAGAGGUGCAAACAACCACUCCACUGUCCCCUCCUCCCCAAGCCUGCAUGAGAGCUUAACCAGGAGGUGGUAUAGCGUGGGCCUGGCACAGCUAGGGCUGAGGGGGAAGCGGGUAGAGUGCAGUGGCGUGGGGCAUGGCACCAUCGGAGAUGCAGUCCGCUAAUGCUGUAGGGAGAAGGUUCUGGAGCAUGGGAGGUAGCAGGCCUUGUUCCAGGUGCUGUUGCAGGUAGGGCUGACGAUGGGAGCUGCAUCGCAGGAGGGAAAGGGGCCUCCUUGGGAACACUGGGCCAAGCAGACGCUGUGGCCAGAGGAGUCAUCCAUGGCAUUAAGGGGCCUGUGGACUGCAGGGCAGUGGCCAAGUGGGCCGGGAGUGGAGGGGGCCCUGGCAGGUCAAAGGUCAAUGGACAGCCCCCAAGCCAGGCAGACGGCAGGUGGCAUCCCAAGGGUUUAGGGACAGGGUGGACAGGAGCAGGACGAUGGCUGGAGGGCAAGGCUGGGACACGUGUGGGUGACAAGCUCAGUGCAGGGGCAGGGCAUGCACCAUCUGGGCAGUGUGGAGGUGAGGAGCAAGGACAAAGCCUGUGUGUGGAGAGGCCUUGCAGGUGUCAGCAGCGUGGCGUCGGCAUGGUGGGGAGGAGCGUGGCGCCGGCGUGGUGGGGAGGAGUGUGGUGCUGGCAUGGUGGGGAGGAGCUGCGGGGUGGCAACCCAGAGGCAAGGAGGUGGGCAGAGGCCCCCGGAACUGGCCCUGCCCCUCAGCCCAGCGCCAGGUCACAGCACAGCCCUCCCCUGGCUGCCUCCAAGGAGUCCCCAGCUACUCAGUGGCCACUCCACGCCAGCUCAGCCCACACCUCACCUUCCCAGUGCCUGUGGAGGCCCAACCAGGGUGACGCUGGGAGAGGAGAGGGCUUGGAGGAGCCACAGGUCAAAUGCAGGAGGCCACACCUGCCUGCCCAGGAGGACUGCAGGGGCCGGGUCCUUAACACCUGGAGGGGAGCGGGGGGGCAACAACGCCGGCCACACGGUGGUGGUGGAUGGGAAGGAGUAUGACUUCCACCUACUGCCCAGUGGCAUCAUCAACACCAAGGCUGUGUCCUUCAUUGGCAACGGGGUGGUCAUCCACUUGCCGGGCUUGUUUGAGGAAGCAGAGAAGAAUGAAAAGAAAGGCCUGAAGGACUGGGAGAAGAGGCUCAUCAUUUCUGACAGAGCCCACCUUGUGUUCGAUUUUCACCAGGCUGUCGAUGGACUUCAGGAAGUGCAGCGCCAGGCACAAGAGGGGAAGAAUAUAGGCACCACCAAGAAGGGAAUCGGACCCACCUACUCUUCCAAAGCUGCCCGGACGGGCCUCCGCAUCUGCGACCUCCUGUCAGAUUUCGAUGAGUUUUCCUCCAGAUUCAAGAACCUGGCCCACCAGCACCAGUCGAUGUUCCCCACCCUGGAAAUAGACAUUGAAGGCCAACUCAAAAGGCUCAAGGGCUUUGCUGAGCGGAUCAGACCCAUGGUCCGAGAUGGUGUUUACUUUAUGUAUGAGGCACUCCACGGCCCCCCCAAGAAGAUCCUGGUGGAGGGUGCCAACGCCGCCCUCCUCGACAUUGACUUCGGGACCUACCCCUUUGUGACUUCAUCCAACUGCACUGUGGGCGGCGUGUGCACAGGCCUGGGCAUUCCCCCGCAGAACAUAGGUGACGUGUAUGGUGUGGUGAAGGCCUACACCACACGCGUGGGCAUCGGGGCCUUCCCCACUGAACAGAUCAACGAGAUUGGAGACCUGCUGCAGACCCGCGGCCACGAGUGGGGGGUGACCACAGGCAGGAAGAGGCGCUGUGGCUGGCUCGACCUGAUGAUUCUGAGAUAUGCUCACAUGGUCAAUGGAUUCACUGCGCUAGCCCUGACGAAGCUGGACAUCCUGGACGUACUGGGUGAGAUUAAAGUCGGCAUCUCGUACAAGCUGAACGGAAAGAGGAUUCCCUAUUUCCCAGCUAACCAGGAGAUGCUUCAGAAGGUCGAAGUCGAAUAUGAAACGCUGCCUGGCUGGAAAGCAGACACCACAGGCGCCAGGAGGUGGGAGGACCUGCCCCCGCAGGCCCAGAACUACAUCCGCUUUGUGGAGAAUCACGUGGGAGUUGCAGUCAAAUGGGUUGGUGUUGGCAAGUCAAGAGAGUCGAUGAUCCAGCUGUUUUAGUCGCAGACUGAGCUGAUCCCAACAGACCUGGCAGCGAAACAGCAGCAAUCACGUUCCUCGGCAGCCACAACCAACACCAAAGCAGGAAAGCCGUUUUCUGUAUUUUUCUAUUUCUGUUCAACCUGUUGGUUUCUACAAUGAUUUUAAACAUUGGAAAGCCAGCCUUGUGUAUAUUUUUUAAAAUUCUGCUAUUUAAAAUGAGCCAAAGUGCUCAAAGCAGAGACCUUCUGUGACACAUUAGUGUCACAUGGUUGCAUGUCCAGCUGAAGCAGUGUCAUAAUAAACAUCUCCAAUGGCCACUGAAUGGGAGCCGUCAUUACA